ACAGGUGGAUCGGUCGUGGCCCUCAGUCUGGCUGCUACUAACCUACUAUCCCUUUGCCUUCGUCUACACAACCAUGAACAUUCGGCUAGCACGGGUAGACGACCUCCCAGGUAUGCAGGCAUGCAACCUGCAAAACCUGCCUGAAAACUACACUAUGAAGUACUAUCUGUACCAUAUCUUGACCUGGCCGCAACUGUCGUACGUUGCUGAGGAUGAGAAGGGCCGGAUAGUGGGCUACAUCCUCGCCAAGAUGGAGGAGGACCUAACGGAAGCAGAGGAGCCGCACGGGCACGUCACGUCGAUAUCUGUGCUAAGGUCGUACAGACGGCUGGGGCUGGCGAAGCGGCUGAUGGUCCAGUCACAAGAAGCCAUGGCGACCGUCUUUCGCGCCUCCUACGUCUCGCUUCACGUCCGCAAGUCGAACCGCGCGGCGCUCUCGCUCUACCGGGACACCCUCGGGUUCACCGUGAAAGAGAUCGAAAAGAAGUACUACGCGGACGGGGAGGACGCGUAUGCUAUGAAGCUGUCUCUCAAAGAGCUUGCCCGAUGAUGCGGUGUACAGACAGGGUGUACGAUACAUGCUGAUACAUAGGAUAAUUUACAUG